AAUCACUUUCACAAACCGUAUCCUCGCAUUAACCAGUCAAGAUUCAACAAUGUUGCCAAACAGAGCGUUUCUUUUCUUCCUUUUCGUGUUUCUGACAAAAUCUACAAAUUGUGCGGUCACCAAUAAAGGCCUUUAUCCAAAUUUGAGCACUUUCAACCAUUCAAGAGCCGGAAUUUGCACUUUGGAAGUUCCGACCAUUGACCUGAUCAGUCCUGAGGAUAGGGCCUCGGGGAUUAGGCCACAAGGAAAUGGGUCCAGGCCCGGCUUCAGCAAAAUCGAGAUUUGUUGCUCAGGAUGGGCCCGAAAACCCCACAGCCAUUUCGAGUGCGAACCUGUUUGCGAAAAUGGCUGCCCUAAUGGCAACUGUACCGCCCCCAACGUGUGUUCUUGCAAACGAGGCUAUAUCAAGGAUAAUCUCCAAAACUGUAUUCCCACUUGUCCCAUUGGGUGCCUCCAUGGGGUUUGUACCAACAAUGGGCUUUGCUCAUGCAACGCCGGCUUCCAGUUGAGCCCAGAUGGUAAAUUUUGCACACCGGUGUGCACAGGGGGCUGCGGGGUAGGGGGCGACUGCAUCGGGGCGGAGGCCUGUCGCUGCAAACCCGGGUUUAUUCUGAGCCCCCAAACCAACAAAUGCGAGUACUUCUGCGAGGGGGGCUGCGGGGGCGGCACCUGCAUCGGCCCCAACCAGUGCUCCUGCAAGCCCGGAUUCAAGCAAGUGGGGACGGCGUGUGUGGCCGAGUGCCCCCAAGGGUGCAAAAACGGCCUUUGUACCGCCCCCAACGUGUGUUCAUGUGAACCCGGCUGGUCAUUGGAUAAAACAGGUUCAAUGUGCAUACCCCAUUGUCGCGAACCUUGUCUUAAUGCCGAUUGUACCGCCCCCAACACAUGUACGUGCAAAAAGGGGUACACAGUGGACCCCUCCAACCCCAAGGGGAAUAGAUGUGUAGCGUUUUGUCCCGGAGGAUGCGAGAAUGGGACUUGUUCAGCCCCCAAUUUCUGUAUUUGUAAUCCGGGAUUUGUCAAGGAGGCCAAGGGGAGUAAUAGGUGUGUGAGGAGGUUGAAGAGGUCGCCGAUGAUGCAUUUUGAGUUGAUUCCUCAACAGGAUGACAAGUUUUGAGAAUAUUGUACUUACACUUAACGAAAUAAAUGAUUAAACAAG